GAUUGGUUAUCAUAAGUACUAUUACGUUCAAUGUGAUAAGCACAUGCUAUUACUAGUGCUUACGUCGUUCCAACUUUCUGAAGGCCCACCCGGCCGCGCCACCUUCCCCUUCGUCAAUAAUUCACCAAAUUUUAUUUCAUUUCUGUCGAUCUCAUCCACAUUGUUCCGCAAAACACCCAAAAAAAAAAAAAAACCAAGUAAAGGAAAUUCUUCUCCAAAAUUCACGCUCUUUGCGACACCAAUUCAGUCAAGAGUUGUAGAGAGAGAGAUCAUCGUUAAUGGGCUUUUGUUUCAAGAACUCUGCUUCUUUCUUUCUUCUUCAAUGGCACCAAAUCUUUGCUUUCUUUUGAUCCUUUUUAGAUUACCUAUAACCGGCAUUCACCUCCUCCUUAUUCUCCUUCAUUCCCUUUUAUAACUCUUCCUCCUCACCGGUUCUCCCGGUUUCAAGAAAAACCCAGAUUUUUCUUUCAUUUCUAAGAAAAAGUGGGAAAGUGAAGGAAAAUAUUUAACUUUGGAUUGAAUAAAGCAAAAGCGAUUUGAGUUUUCUCGAUAAACGAUCAGAAAAUUUUAAGGAAUGGGAUCCGUGUUUUUGUACCAUGUGGUCGGCGAUCUGACUGUGGGGAAGCCAGAGUUGGUUGAAUUCUCUGAAACAGAGACGGUGGAAUCAGCUAUAAGAGCAAUAGGAGAGUCAGCAGAGUGUGGGAUACCAGUUUGGAGGAGAAGAUCUCAUGUGGGAAUGAUUGAAAACAACGAAAUGAGACAACAGAGAUUUGUUGGUAUUCUAACUUCACUUGAUAUUGUCUCCUUUUUAGCUAAAACUCAAUGUUUGGAAGAUCAGGACAAAGCUAUGAAAACUCAAGUUUCUGAUGUUGUUGUCCCUAAUAAUGCUCUCUUGAAGAUUGUUGAUCCUGGCACCAGAUUGAUAGAUGCAAUGGAGAUGAUGAAGCAGGGUGUGAGGCGACUUCUUGUUCCCAAGAGCAAGGUAUGGAAAGGCAUGAGCAAGAGAUUCUCAAUUCUUUAUAAUGGGAAAUGGCUCAAGAACAUUGAAAAUGGUAGCAGCAACAACCUCAUUGCUAAUGCCAACCCCCCUUCCUCUUCAUCAACCUCCACCUACACAUGUGACAAGUUUUGUUGUCUCUCAAGAGAAGACAUCAUCCGUUUCCUCAUUGGUUGCCUUGGUGCUCUAGCUCCACUCCCCCUAUCCUCUAUUUCCUCACUAGGAGCCAUUAACCUAGACUAUAGCUCUAUUGAAGCCUCCGUCCCAGCUUUAGAAGCAACUCAAAAACAUCCAGGUGAUCCUAGUGCAGUUGCCGUUGUGGAGAUCACACCAGAUGGUCACCAUAAAAUUUUAGGAGAAAUAUCAGCCUCUAAACUACGGAAAUGUGAUUAUUUAGCUGCAGCAUGGGCUUUAGCCAACCUCUCAGCUGGACAAUUUGUUAUGGGGGUUGAGGAUAAUGUGAGUUCAAGGUUGCUCCCUGACUUCUCUGUUAAUUCACCAGUUGAAGAUAAUAAAAUAGUCAAUGGUGUUGGAUCACCAAGGCUAAGGAAAUUCAGUAGUAGAAGCAUUGGGUUUAAUCCAGUGAGCCCAAGUUUUGGUGCUAGCAGGAGCAUGUAUCGGGGCAGAAGUGCACCCUUGACAUGUAAAACUACUAGUUCCUUGGCUGCAGUCAUGGCUCAAAUGCUAUCUCAUAGGGCAACCCAUGUCUGGGUGACUGAAGAUGAAAAUGAUGAUGUUUUAGUUGGGGUGGUUGGUUAUGCUGACAUUUUGGUUGCAGUCACCAAACAACCUGCUGCAGUGAUUCCCACAACUCGAUCAAUCACAGAGCUUGGCUCAGAAAUUCAAAGCUGAAUCCCCCUAUUCCCCUCCUUUUACCAUUGUGUAUGUCUGUGUGUGUGUGACUCUUUUUAAUUUUCCUUUAGCAGCAUUCUAGCCCUCUUAUGCAGCAUAUUACGCUCCAUGAGGUUGAUGAGAGAUUCGGGCUUGCAUGGGGUUUAUACAAAUAUAUCAGUGUGUUGUAUAAUUUCGUGUUGCCCUUUUCAUGAAAAGAUGUGAAAACUGUGAAUCAUAGUUGCUCACGAUUCUCAUGCAUGUUACGACUGGAAAUUUGUUAUCGUAGUAAAUUCAUUAUUAAACCUGGACAAAUGUUCUGAGGAUUUUUGGGAUAUAGUCAUUUUCUGCAAAAGAAACAUGAUGGGUGUACUUUAGAAUAGGCUUUACUAUGUAAUGUUAUAACCCCAUCCUUUUUCUUUCUGAUUUCUUUCUGCAGAAAGGAUUAGAGUCUCUGGUUAUUUUGAUAUUCGCUCUAUUCUUCGAAAUGUCUAUAUUUGUUUCUCAAUUUCACGAUUUUUUCACGCUGUACCAAUCUGUCUAUCUCUCAGUAACCUCAUUUUUGUGGUUGUUUUCAAGUCUCUGGACGCGGUGAAUAUUCAAUGCCCGUGAUGUUGUUGGCUGUUAAUGGACCUCUGGGCUCGUUGCCUUCUACAAUUCCAUCCCUUGUGGUAGGGGCAAAAUCCCCCAAAAUUUAUUCGAAAAAAGCUGCAGGGACCCAACCGAUAAGCCUAUUAAUUCUUCGAAUCAUGUUGGUUUUCAAACAAAUUUGGGCUGUCUAAUACAUUUUUCAGGUUAGCUUGGGUAGAUUUAACUGAUCAAAUCUCUUGAACUUUCUAAGCAAUAUUGACAUGAUGAAAACGUUCUCAAACAUGGCGUACAGAAAAACGUUAGGCCAAAAAGUGGGUAGUCUGUCAGACAACUGCAUGACCAUCCCAACCAAUCAAAGAUGGCGGAGAACGAUCCUCAAGCGUCAUGGUGAUCCGAAUCAGGAAUCACCUGACAAUUAAUCACGCUCUGAUCACACAGUCUCAGUUCAUCAACCAGACUUAGAAUCCUGUCUCCUUAGAACUCAAGGAUACAGAGGUACAACCUAUAGAACAGAUCCUGUUCAAGUAAGGUCGUAAUCUGGCAACUAUCAGUUCUAUCUUAAAUACCAAUUGCUUUUGUCUUGUCUUCUGGAUGUGGGAUUGUACCUUCCGACAAUUUAGUCAGUUUCCGACUUGGGUUGUUGCUGUCAGAUUCUUACUUACAACUGUGCGUUGUUAUUAUCCAAAAAGUCCAAUGCCACACAAUUUAUUUGUUUCCAUUGGACAGCCAGAGUAACUUACCAGUCAAUCUUCCUUAGAGAGAGAAUUUUCUAUCUGGCCUUUAGUUGAUAGUUUCGU